AGUUACUGUGUAUACUGUAGUAUUAGUGCACUGGGUGUAUCCCACCCUUGUGAUGAUGUCACCACAUCACACAAGCAGCUUGUGACAUCGGUGCUUGAGGGGUUGAAGCCCUGUUGCGCAUCACCAACAAAGGGGUUGCGUUUGUCUGUUUGUCUGCGCGCUUACUGCGCUUGUAAGUUCAAAUGAGCUCCAUUUUUUGUUUUUUGUUUUAAUUAUUAUUAUUAUUAUUAUUAUUUUUUUUUUUUGGUCAUGUUUGGGAGGCACAAGAAAGAGACUUCCGCCAAAAUGUCAGACAUGUCCACAGAACACAAAGAGUGUGACAGCCCUCAGCAGGUUUAUGAUGAGGUCUUCUCCAGCAAGUGCUACAGCUACAAGGUUCUGAGUGUGCUGGGAGAGGGACGCUACGGAAUUGUGGCCAAGUGCUUCAACCUGAACACGUCGGACCGUGUGGCUGUCAAGCUCAUGAAAAGAUGCAACAUGAACAACUUCCACCAGGAGGUGCAAGCCCUGCAGAAGAUCCGCUUCCUGGACAAGAACAGGAACAGCUUGGUGAGGUUCAUUGAACACUUCGUUUUCCAGGACUACCCGUAUCUGGUUUUUGAAAUGCUGGACCAGAGCCUAGAGGACCUGAUGACGGAAAGAAACAUGACACCGCUCAACCUCCACCAAAUCCGACCGGUCACUUCACAGCUCCUGAUGGCAUUUGAGGCCCUGCAGGCGUUAGGAAUCACUCACACGGACUUGAAACCAGACAACGUCAUGCUAGUAGACCAUAAGAAACUGCCCUUCCGAGUCAAGCUGAUUGAUUUUGGCUUGGCGCGACCAAUCACGUCGGUGCACGUGGGUAUGAUUCUGCAGGCCGAGGCCUACCGAGCCCCAGAGGUGACCUUGGGUCUGCCCCUGUCUGAGGCCAUCGACAUAUGGUCUCUGGGGUGUACCAUCGCUUACCUCUUCUUUGGAUUCGAGCUCUUUGAUUGGCCGUCUCUUCGAGGGAGCAUGGAAACCAUUUGUCAGCUCCUUGGUCAGCCUCCGGAUCAUCUUCUCAAUGAGGGCAAGUACAGCAGCGACUACUUCACUGUGAGCGAGGACGAGCACUGGACAGUCUUGUCGGCAAGCACCGAGCCGGCCAUAUUUCGAUUUAAUCUAGACUUGGGGUCCUCAUUUGAAGACCUGGCCAUGAGAUUCCUGCAGAGCAGCUCCACCGUGGAGUACGACGACUGGCUCAAGUUCGUGUGCCUCCUGAAGUGGUUCCUGAGCGUGGAUGCCGGAAGCAGAGCCACGCCCAGGCAAGGCCUCAAUCACGCUUUCGUGACCAUGACUCACCUGAUUGAUGACUGUGCCUACAAGGAGACCACUCUCGCCCACAUGGCCGUUGCGCCCGUCGACGACUACAUCGCCGUCAGAGGCAGUGAUGAAGGCUACGGAGACGAGGAGCCUCGCGGUGUGGAGGAACUCGACGGUGAAGACGAAACUCACGAAGCCGUGGGUGGCAGAUGGCUCAUUGGUCAUGAUGUGGAGCUUCUUGAUAGUGCAAAAAACCUCGAAGGAGUAGAACACAAACUUAGUGAGACCUUGUACUUUGAUGGUGAAGAACAUGGAUGGUUGGAUGCUGAUGAUGGAGUGGUGGAAUAUGAUGGAGAAGGUCUUCUUGCGUCGGUGGAUCUAUGUGGUAUGAAGAACCUCAAUGGCAACCCUGGUGCAGUGAUGGACAUCGAUGGUGAUGAAGAGCCAGGUGGGCACAAUCCUGGUGGAGUUUUGAGCCUCGGAGGUGAAGAACCAGGUGGGCUGGUGGAACCUGAAGAUUCAGAGGUAGACAACUACGAAUCAGCGAAGGAGGAUGAUGCGGAUGGAGAAGUGGAUGACAUCUCUUGAGUGUUUGAUGGAGAAUAAAGGAGCUUUGCUUCUUGACCGACAGACUGGAACCAAUUCCAAAGCCAAAGUCAAAGCCAGGUCUGGAAAUCAGGAGGACUCCACGAGCGUUUUUGCCAACUGCUUACAGAUGUGAUCUUCUCUAUCAGACUCAACUGAUACGAACAUGAACCUUGUGGUCAUUUUGUGACAAGUCCCUCAUUUGAUGGAACUUUCAGUGUCACAUGGAACGCCGGUCCAAGCAAACUGGGAAGCAGAAG